AUGCCUCCGCGCCGCCCUGGACAGCCCUACAGGCGGCUGGGUAAAAAUGGCAACACUUCAUACGGAUCAUGGAAGGGCCCAAAUACCGUGGACGCGUCGUCUCUCCGCAGCAGCGAAGCCACAUCGCAAAACGAGAAACUUGAAGCCACAAGGCUUGCUCACAGCAUCGACGAGGCUUUUGGUUUUGCGCGCUACGAGUCGGGCAAGAAAAAGGCGGGCUGGCUGUUCAACAUGCACAGCACCACCAUCGAGGAUGACAACUACCCUGGAGGACGCGCGGGAGUCGACUUCUACUUCAUCGGCGACAACCAGGAAGAGUACUUCAAGGCGACUGUGGGAUACGAUCCAUACUUCUUGGUGGCAACGAAAAGAGGGAAGGAAGCAGACGUCGAGGAGUGGUGCAAGCGCAACUUUGAGGGUCUGAUCAAGGAUGUUUUGAAGGUUGAAAAGGAGGAUCUCAGCAUGCCGAAUCAUCUGCUGGGCUACCGCAGGACUUUCCUGAAGCUCUCCUUCGUUAAUGUCCCGGACCUGUUGGCCGUGCGAAAGUCAUUGUUUCCGAUUGCGGAAACCAACAAGAAGAAGAUGAAUGCCAUGGACACAUAUGCCGAGGUAGCGAGCGCGAAUGCGGGCUUCGACAUUUUUGACGACGAAGAAUACGAUAAACGACCGAAUGGAUUUGUAGAAGCAAGUGAUUUCAUUGUUGAUGUCCGAGAGUACGACGUUCCAUACCACGUCCGAGUCGCCAUUGAUCUAAACAUUCGCAUCGGGACAUGGUACUGGGUAGAGGCAAAACACGGAUCCACAACCCUGUCUUGCAUCGAAGACCGAUUGACGCGUGCCGAUCCCGUGGUGAUGGCAUACGAUAUCGAAACCUCCAAAGCACCGCUGAAAUUUCCUGAUUCCACGGUCGACCAGAUCAUGAUGAUCUCGUACAUGAUAGACGGGCAAGGGUUUCUCAUCACGAACCGAGAAAUAGUGUCCGAGGACAUUGCAGACUUUGACUACACCCCAAAGCCGGAGUACGAGGGGCCGUUCAUGAUCUUCAACGAACCGGACGAAAAGGCCAUGAUCGAGAAGUUUUUCGAGCACAUCAAGAUCGCAAGGCCCACGGUCAUGGUCACUUACAACGGUGACUUCUUCGAUUGGCCUUUUGUCGAAGCACGAGCGAGCAUUUUGGGUAUCGAUAUGUACCAAGAAAUUGGUUUCCGGAAGAAUAGCGAGGAUGUCUACCAGUCCGAUUACUGCUGUCAUCUGGAUGCCUUCGCAUGGGUAAACCGCGACAGUUAUUUGCCUCAAGGAAGUCGUGGCUUAAAGGCUGUCACCGUUGCAAAGCUGGGUUAUGAUCCCGAUGAGCUGGACCCGGAAUUGAUGACCCCUUACGCCUCAGAGAAACCCCAGAUCCUCGCUGAGUACUCAGUCUCAGAUGCCGUCGCAACGUACUAUUUGUACAUGAAAUACGUCCAUCCGUUCAUCUUCUCUCUCUGCACCAUCAUUCCUCUCGGUCCUGACGACGUCUUGCGGAAAGGUACUGGUACUCUUUGCGAGAUGUUGUUGAUGGUUCAGGCAUAUCAGAAAGAGAUCGUGCUCCCCAACAAGCAUGUGGCGCCUAGAGAAGCCUUCUGGGAUGGUCAUCUCCUGGAGUCUGAAACGUACGUCGGUGGCCACGUCGAAAGUAUUGAAGCCGGUGUCUUCCGAAGUGAUAUACCCGUCAACUUCGCUCUCGAUUCGGCCGCCUUUCAACAGCUUAUCGACGAACUGGACGCAGCUUUGCAGUUCAGCAUCACGGUCGAAGAGAAGAAAUCUUUGGACGAUAUCACCAACUACGACGAGGUCAAAGAGCAAAUUGCGGAGAAGCUACGGAACUUGAGGGACACUCCCAACAGGAACGAAAAACCUUCCAUCUACCACUUGGACGUCGCUUCUAUGUAUCCCAACAUCAUGACAACUAAUCGUCUUCAACCAGACUCCAUGGUCACUGAGGCAGACUGUGCCGCAUGCGAUUUCAACAGACCAGGCAAAACCUGCGACCGUCGGCUGCCAUGGGCUUGGAGAGGGGAGUACUUGCCAGCCAAGAGGGACGAAUACAACAUGAUCCGGAAUGCGCUGGAAAACGAGAGGUUCCCCGGAAAGAGACCAGGAACCACAAAAUCGUUCCAGGAGCUCUCGCUUGACGAGCAAGCCUCCAUGAUCAAGAAGCGAUUACAGGACUACAGCAAGAAGAUCUACCACAAAAUCCACGAGUCCACUACAACGCAGCGAGAGUCCAUCAUUUGCCAGCGCGAAAAUCCUUUCUAUGUCGAUACAGUCAGUACAUUCCGUGAUCGCCGUUACGAUUUCAAGGGAAAGCAGAAAGUCUGGAAGAACAAAACGGACGCCUUGAAGUCAUCUGGUGCAAGCGCUGCCGAAGUUGAUGAAGCCAAGAAGAUGAUUAUUCUGUUCGAUUCUCUACAGCUUGCGCACAAAGUUAUCCUGAACAGUUUCUACGGCUACGUCAUGAGAAAAGGUUCUCGUUGGUACUCUCUGGAAAUGGCUGGUAUAACUUGCUUCACGGGUGCCAGCAUCAUUCAAAUGGCUUGUCAGCUGGUAGAGAGGAUAGGAAGACCGCUUGAACUCGACACGGAUGGCAUCUGGUGCAUUCUGCCUGCAACUUUUCCAGAGAACUUCGCGUUCAAGACAAAAAACGGCAAGAAAGUCGCCAUUUCUUAUCCUUGCGUUAUGCUGAACCACAGAGUCCACGCCAAAUUCACCAAUCAUCAAUAUCAGGACUUGAAAGACCCGGCCACCUUCCGUUACGAGACCCGCAGCGACAACACUAUUUUCUUUGAGGUCGAUGGGCCAUACAGAGCUAUGAUCCUGCCCACUUCAAAAGAAGAGGAUAAGAACUUGAAGAAGCGUUAUGCUGUGUUCAACCACGACGGCAGCUUGGCUGAGCUCAAAGGUUUUGAGGUCAAAAGAAGAGGAGAGUUAAAACUGAUCAAGAUCUUCCAGACUCAAAUCUUCAAAUUCUUCCUUGAGGGCACCACCCUCCAGGAAACCUAUGCCGCCGUGGCCAAGGUGGCAAACCAGUGGUUGGACGUCCUGUACUCUCAGGGAACCACACUUGCCGACGAGGAGCUCAUUGAUCUCAUUUGCGAGAACAAGAACAUGACUAAGACAGUUGAGGAAUACGGUGGCGCCAAGACUACUGCCAUCACUACCGCGAGACGUCUGGCUGAGUUUCUGGGUGAGCAAAUGAUCAAGGACAAGGGUCUGAACUGCAAGUACAUCAUUUCUUCUCAGCCCAGACAUGCCCCAGUCACGGAACGUGCUAUUCCCGUUGCCAUCUUCUCCGCCGAAGAGUCUGUCAAGAAGUAUUUCUUGCGAAAGUGGUUGAAAGCCGAUCCUGGUGACUGCGACCCUAGGACCAUCACAGAUUGGAGCUACUAUCUUGAACGUCUUGGCUCGGUCAUCCAAAAGCUCAUCACGAUCCCGGCUGCGCUCCAGAAACUCCGGAAUCCUGUCCCUCGCGUUGCGCACCCCGAUUGGCUUGAACGGAGAAUCCGAAUCAAGGACGAUGUCUUCAAGCAGAAGAAAAUGACGGACAUGUUCGGGAAAAAGGCAUUGGCUGACAUCGAUGCCAAUGUUGUCACCAAGAAGCUCGUUGAUCUCGAAGACUUUGGAGGGUCGCAGGUGAACAAACCUAAAAGAGGCACGGUGACCAAGAUGGUGCAGAAGCGCAAAGCACCGGAGCCCGCGGCACCAGCCGAUCCCUAUGCCAGCCUGCCGUCUAAGAUGCCAUCCAUCACGGGAGACUAUCAAGGAUGGCUGAAAUACCAAAAGCAGAAGUGGAAGAUCCAAAGGCAACAAAGGGCCCGAAGGCGACAGCUUUUUGGUGAAAAGAGAACGGAUGCUUCUGACGGCCUCGGGACAUUUUUCAGGAAUCAAGCGGAGCUGCUUUACCUAAACACAUGGCAGCUUCUACAACUACGCGAAGGCGACCUGCCCGGUGAGGUCAAGGCAUUCGUGCUUAUCGACAAGAAAGUGCAUGUCAUUAAGAUCGUUGUCCCGCGACAGGUCUAUCUUAAUCUCCGUAGCGACGAUCUACCAAACGUGUCAAUAGACGGUUGCAACGUGGAGAAGGUCGUCAACCACACCCUUCCGAAUGGCCACCCGUCUGUUCACCUCUUCAAGCUUACUUUGCCCGAGCAAACGUACGUCAACGAGUCGAAGAACCUCAACUUGCUAUUCAACCACCCGAGUGUUGAAGGAGUCUACGAGGCUCAGGUCCCUCUCAAUGUCCGCGCUAUGCUUGAGCUUGGCAGCAUCUGUACCUUCGACGAGACACAGCGUGGUGUUCUCGGCAAGGGCUUGGAGCAAGGAUUCGACCUUUCUGCCCUUAGACGUGUGCCAAACCAACAACCCUACCUGACGCAGAACCCACUUGGCUAUCUCUACUUGCACCACAUCAUCGCUGGAGACCGGCAAAUCUUUGCUUUGUUCUCGAGCAGCAAGGAGCAGGCCCAUGUCAUUGUCCUGAACCGCUCCAGGGACAUCCAGGGCCUUCCGAACCUGGACAAAAUUUACAAGGACCAUGUCACUGCUCGAUUCGAAGCCACCGACGGCCAGCCCUGGCAGGAAACGUUUGAAUAUCAAACCUCUAUCCAUUUCAAGACCGUACAAGUCACGACGAAACGGAAAGCGCACCUUGAAGUAGCAGACGUGAUCAAGAAGCUGAGGAACGAUGAGUCCAGACCUGUCAUUCUCGUCGUCCGCGCGGAAAACCAAAGAUUGCUUGCCCACGACAUCCCGGUCCUCAAGGAUAUCCCUGUCCUGCCUUUGCAGCCUGAUGAGUCCGAUAAACAGCUGCCUCCUCUCGGCUGGCAAUCAUUUGUCGCGAGGCGUCUAAUCGACCAUUACCUUGAUCUCGGAACCUGGAUCGCUCACUUGAUUGGGCUGGCUCAAUACGGUGACCUUCCGCUCUGCAACCUGGAGAGAGACGACCCUCGUUUCCUUAUUGACAUUGCAUACGCUAGGCGACUGCAACGAGAGAGGGUUGUGCUCUGGUGGUCCGAGGGCCCGAAGCCAGAUCAUGCCGGCUAUGAGAAAGAUGAUGUUCUCGGGCCCUUGGAGACGGUGGAAAUGCCUUCCAUUAACAACCCGGGAACCUACUCCUCAGUGUGCAUUGAUCUGGAGAUCAAAAACCUGGCCAUCAGCACUGUUCUGUCGUCUGCAAUCAUCAACGAAGCAGAGGGCUCCGAUUCCGUUUCUUUCAACCCUGCAGCACCGACAGAGGACCAAGCAAGCGAUGGGCCGAACGUCAUCUACUCUGACAACGCAUUCGCAUCUGCUGGUAUCCUGGUCCUUCGCGAAAUGGUCAAAUCCUGGUGGUCGGAAGCGGAGAAGGGCAGCUACAUGGCGGAUGUUAUGGUGCAACACCUGGUUCGCUGGGUGGAAUGUCCAGGCUCGUACCUGUAUGACCGAGCUCUACACUACUACGUGCAGAUGAUGUCGCGUAAAGCGCUCCAACAGCUGAUGUCUGACUUCCGCCGUGUGGGCUCACAUGUUGUGUUCGCGAGCGCAAACCGACUGCUGCUCCAGACAACCAAGGGAGAAGUCGGUAACGCCUAUGCGUACAGUCAGUACAUCUUGAAGACUGUCCAUGCCAAGCCACUCUUCCAGAGCCUGGAUCUACAGAUUAAAGAAUACUGGGACUAUCUGGCGUGGUACGAUGAGUUCAACUACGGUGGUAAAGGAUGUCGGGAAGUUGUCGAAGCAGAGAACCAGACGCUUGACACCAUCAUGUGCUGGCACUUUGCUACUUUCCUCCCGUCGGCAUUACAGCCGGUAUUCAACGACUGGGUGGUCGAGUUCAUUGAGUUGAUGCACGCACGCAAGCGACCGCAACAGCGGCCAUCGUCCAGGGGGGACGGCGACGUCCAGGUCGAAUCAACACCACGCCAGACCCAACUGCUCUUCCGUCCUAUGACGCAAGACCCGUCCGAUAUGCCGACCUCGGUCCUCAGCAAGUCCUUCACCAAGCCGCUCACAAAGCAAAUCUCGGCUCUCCUCCGCCGCCAGCACCAAGAGCAGCUCCACGCUGAGCUCGCACCGGACUGGCACUUCCCCUCGCUGCCGGGCACCAACCCGGAAGUGGCGCCAUCUCUCGCGAACCCGACGCUGCAGCUGGUCAAGUCCAUCACGCAGGUGCUUUCGCUGGACAAGAGUAUCAAUCUCGAGGCGCGGCUGCUGCGCAAGGACUUGCUGCGCCUCUUCGACGUGCGCGAGUUCAGCGCCGAGGCGGCGUUCGCGAACCCGGCGGCCAGCCUGUGGGUGCGUGGCUUGGUGUGCGAUGAUUGCACGGCGGUGCGCGACGUGGACCUGUGCCGCGACGGCGAGGCCGUCGUCUCUUCGUCAUCUACCGCGGAAGAGCGUGGGCCCAAGGGCGUCCUGAACUUGUCUUGCCCCUCCUGUCACGCGCCGCACGAUGCUAACCGCCUGGAGACGCGCCUUGCGGCGGAUGUGCAGGCCCUCGUGCUGAGGUGGGUGGGGCAGGAUGCGAAGUGUGGUAAAUGCGGCCGCUUGCAGAGCGAGACUGCGUGCUUCAUGGAGCAUUGCGCGUGCAGCGGAAGGUGGGAGCCGAGUAUGAGGAGGGAAGAGUUGGUGAGGAAAUUGAGGGUGUAUGAGGGCGUGGCGAGGUGGUUUGGGUUUGGGGUGUUGGGGGCGUGUGUGGGGGAGGUGUUGGAGGGGGUUUGA